CUCCGCACGCAGACAGCAGCAGCAGCUCACCCGCCGCCGUGGACUCACGGUAGGUAACGGAGAAGAUGGCAGAGCGGCAACAGAAGCACGAAGGCAGAGUAAAGAUUGGCCAUUACGUCCUCGGCGACACGCUUGGCGUCGGAACAUUCGGGAAAGUAAAAAUUGGCCAACAUCAGCUGACUGGCCAUAAAGUGGCUGUAAAGAUCCUCAAUAGGCAGAAGAUCCGCAGCCUUGAUGUCGUGGGGAAAAUCAAACGGGAGAUACAGAACCUCAAACUCUUCAGGCACCCACACAUCAUCAAACUGUACCAGGUGAUAAGCACACCAACAGACUUCUUCAUGGUAAUGGAGUAUGUAUCAGGAGGGGAGCUCUUUGACUACAUCUGUAAACACGGACGGGUAGAGGACUCAGAGGCACGGCGUCUCUUCCAGCAGAUUAUCUCUGCUGUUGACUACUGCCACAGACACAUGGUGGUCCACAGAGACCUCAAGCCGGAGAAUGUCCUGCUAGAUGCCAGCAAAAAUGCCAAGAUAGCAGACUUUGGCCUGUCAAAUAUGAUGUCAGACGGGGAGUUCCUGAGAACAAGCUGUGGCUCGCCUAACUAUGCCGCCCCAGAGGUUAUCUCAGGACGGCUGUAUGCCGGUCCAGAGGUGGACAUCUGGAGCUGCGGAGUGAUCCUGUAUGCCUUGCUCUGCGGCACACUGCCCUUCGACGACGAGCACGUGCCAACACUGUUCAAGAAGAUCCGGGGAGGGGUGUUCUACAUGCCGGAGUACCUGAACCGCUCCGUGGCCUCGCUGCUCAUGCUCAUGCUGCAGGUGGACCCGCUGAAGAGAGCCACCAUCAAAGACAUCCGGGAGCACGAUUGGUUCAAACAGAACCUGCCGGGCUACCUGUUCCCAGAGGAUCCUUCGUACGACACCAACGUGCUGGACGAGGAGGCUGUCAGGGAGGUGUGCGACAAGUUUGAAUGCACUGAGUCUGAGGUCAUGUCCAGCCUCUACAGUGGAGACCCCCAGGACCACCUGGCGGUGGCCUACCACCUGAUCAUAGACAACCGGCGCAUCAUGACCCAGGCCAGCGAGUUCUAUCUGGCCUCCAGCCCCCCGCAGGGCUCUUUCAUGGAGGAGGGCAUGCCCCUGCCCCCGGGUGUCAAACCCCAUCCCGAGAGGAUGCCGCCGCUGCUGGCCGACAGCCCCAAGUCCCGCUGCCCUCUGGAUGCUCUCAACACCACCCGGCCCAAGCCACUGGCGGUGAAAAAAGCCAAGUGGCACCUGGGCAUCCGCAGCCAAAGCAGACCCUACGACAUCAUGGCCGAAGUGUACAGAGCCAUGAAGCAGCUCAGCUUUGACUGGAAGGUGGUGAACCCUUAUCACCUGCGUGUUCGCAGGAAGAACCCAGUGACGGAGACCCUGGUGAAGAUGAGCCUGCAGCUUUACCAGGUGGACAGCCGUUCCUACCUCCUAGACUUCAAGAGCAUCGACGAUGACAUCAUUGAGUUGACCGGCUUCAAGUCAGGCUCGUCUACCCCUCAGCGGUCGGGCUCCACGGCGGGCCUGUUCAGACCCAGGCUGAGCGUGGACUCAGCCAGCACCGCCAUGGACUCACUGGCCCAGCUCAGCUCCUCCCUGCCGGGCUCGCUGGCGGGAAGUGCACCCCAGCUGGCCCCAAGGCAGGGGUCGCACACCAUGGAUUUCUUUGAGAUGUGUGCCAGUCUGAUCACCACCCUGGCCCGCUGAGGGAAGGAAUGGAUGCCCUCAGAGAGCCCCAAGGAACUCCCGGCCCUCCACCGGACCCCAACCACUACGUCAGAAGCCGAGGCGGGCCGAGGGGACAGGAUGAUGCAACUGCUUGUGUCGUCUCAAAUGGUCUCAAGUGGUCUGCUGUCCAUCGGCCCUCCUUUCAAAUAAUUAUGUGAUUUGAGUCAAAAAACAAACUGUGAGGGUGAGCAGGGAUGUGAAAAGCGUAGUUGGUGGGGUGUUAGGGGGGAGAGGAAGCCGUUGAUUAUUUUUUUCUAACAUGGACCCAAGGUCAGUCGCUGUGAGGUAAUUGGUUGGACGUCAGACCGUGAAAACUGACUGUGGGCCCAGGAAACAUAACUGGGAUGAUGGCUGUGGUAGGGGUGAGAGCUCAGAGGUCAGAGUUCACCAUCAUUUUUAGAGGCACGAUCAGCUAAGAACAAGGUUGCUGGGCGUUUCGCCACGUGAUACUGUGAAGUCACCCGUUGAAUGCUGACCAAAAACAGUAUUGCCCACGCAUCACUGUAGAGAGCCUAUUUACUGUAGCUCUGAGCAGUGGUCCAGGGUCAGUUUCAGAGUCUUGUUCUUAGUUAGAACGUGUAAACUGACCCGUUCUAAGUCUGAGGACACAUAAACAUAAGCAUAUUUUUUCAGUUUUCUUAAAGGUUUUGUAAACUACUAUAUAUAUAUAUAUAUAUAUGUAUGUAUGUAUGUAUGUAUGUAUGUAUGUAUGUAUGUAUGUAUGUAUGUAUGCAUGCAUGCAUGCAUGCAUGUAUGUAUGUAUGUAUGUAUGUAUGUAUGUAUGUAUGUAUGUAUGUAUGUAUGUAUGUAUGUAUGUGUGUGUGUGUGUGUGUGUGUGUGUGUGUGUGUGUGUGUGUGUGUGUGUGUGUGUGUGUGUGUGUGUGUGUGUGUGUGUGUGUGUAUAUAUGUAUAUGUAUGUAUGUAUAUAUAUAUAUAUAUAUAUAUAUAUGUAUAUGUAUAGAUAUAUAUGUGUGUUUGUGUAUGUGUAUAUAUAUAUAUAUACACACACACAAAACCUUUAAGAUAACAGAAAAAAUAUAUAACAUGCUAUAUUAUGUGUGUAGUUGAAGAGAUCAACAUACCAAGUAUAAAUUGUUAUAUACUCAUAGAGAGGUUUAUAAUUUAAGCACUACAUUAUUCAGUUUGGUUAUGAUAUUUAGGAUAUUAUAGAUGAUCGUUAACCUAGAAAUAUUUCAUACCUUGAUUCUUUCUACUUUAAGGUACCGAUACACACCAUUGUCUGUGCAAGAUAAUGACUAUAACCAUAUUGUAUUCUUUCUAAAACAAUUCAGCAGGAUUGACAAACAUUUUACGUAUGAAGCUUUCUUCAGAUCCUCAAUGUCCCUAACAAUUGCAGCAUUCUAUCAUUAUUGUAGCUUGCAAAACACAGAGGUUUACAACAGAGAUGGAAGCCAUGCAUGCAAACUGUUCUGUUGGAAUAGAAGAAUGCAAAUGAAAACAUUUACCGGCUACAACACAAACAAUGAAUGAGCUGUAUGCAGAGCACCGAUGGUACAGUCCUUUAAGCAGAUGGAGUGUAUCUUGGGAAAUUGUUUGCUAAAAGAAGCAACACAAAUCUUUCUUCUGCUGCCUUCAAUCAUCAAAAAACAUGGAUUUUUAUGUAGACACACAUGCACUGUGUGUGUGUGUGUGUGUGUGUGUGUGUGUGUGUGUGUGUGUGUGUGUGUGUGUGUGUGUGUGUGUGUGUGUGUGUGUGUGUGUUUUUAUGUUGGUGGGGGAACAGUGCUUUGGCAUGAGGUGGUUUGGUGUGUGGCAUCAGUCUUCGUCACGUCUGAGAUUUAUUUGGUGGUUCAACAAGAGGCAAGAGGAUCAAUAGAAACCAAUCUGUUGGCUAGGAAGUUCAUAAUCCUUUAUAACACACAGCUGAUUAUUUUCCGAGGCAAGAGCAAAAGAAGGAACAUAGUGUACAGUAAACAUACUGUUGUUUCUCAAAGCAACACAUUGUAAUUCAACUGUCCAAUCAGGUUGUGUCUUUCUGGUUGUCUCUGAAUAGGUAUCUGGUGAGUAACUCCUCUAGUUUGGCUGUCACAAGCCUUUCCAUUUUACAGUCAUGAGCUGUGAAUGGUUAUAACCUGCAAGAUGGAAGCCGGCCUGAGUAUUUAUUGCUGGUGAGAAACAGUAUUCGUUGCGAUGCAUGCAACAGCGUCUUUUGAUCUUUACUUGUUCUGGUCAAUGUGCAUUGUGUUCUCGUUGCUGUAGUAAUGUUCCGUGUGAUCAAACGAAUAUGGCCAUGUUCUCUAGAUCUGAACACGGAUGAAUGAAUGAGUGAUUGAUUGGAUGCCCGGCGGUGCAAAAUAUGGGCUCUGAGAAUACCCCUAAAUUUCUCACCUCUCCCUUUACUCUAUUUUUUUUUCCUUCAUCUCUCUCCCCCCUUUGGAGAGAGUUCCCACGAUUAACUUUUGUGAAACAGUACAGAUGUGCUGGAGACCUGCUGCCCAGCAGUUGAAACUGUUAUCCAAGGUAUCAUUCUGUUACCUGAUCAUUCUGUUGGACCUAUCCAUUACCAUGAGGUGGGUUGGUGAAGACAUGCAUUAAGGAAUACCUCAUCCUGUUGUGGACAGUUAAGAGUACUGCACUUUUAGAGCACUACUGAAGUCCACCAUGUUCGGAAGGAUCUGGUUAUAUUGUUGCCAUAUGAGAGAAUUCUGGUGGAGUCUGGUUGGAGGGGAGAAGAGACAUUUUACUCAGCUGAAACCUCUUGAUCGCUAGUGUUGCUGUGUCUCUCGUUUUGAGCAAGAGAGCCCCUGAGCAACAUAUGCACGUCUGUCUUCCCUCUCUGGCUGGUCAUACAGCAUUAUGAAGUAUAUCUACUGAAAGAAAAAAGUGAAACGCUGCCACCUGCUGCUAGAAUUAAGCAACUGCAUACAGAAUGAGAUAGACUAUGAGCAUGUUACCCACAUCGGCUGUGAACCUGAUCAGUUGCCCGCUGUAUAGUGUACUGCUACAAUCACGUCAGGCCAGUUAUGGAUUUAGUAUGGAGCCAAUAUAUUGUCGACCUCUAAUAAAGGCCAGUGUGUUGAUAAUGAUACAUCACGGCACGGAUCGUACAGAACUACUUGGAUGUAACCAGUAACUGCAAGUUAACUGAUGUGUUUGUACUGUACUUAUUGUAUGUAACUACCAGUGGUAUGUUGGUCACUUCUGUCUUUGUGUGUGCGUGUGCGUGUGCGUGCCUAAAGUGGAGUACUUUCCACCACAGAACCGUCAGUUACGUUGGUCUGUGACAGGGACUUUAUGGUUUGUUCAGAGGUGUUCGCCUCUUCCGUCUGAGAGGCUUUUUGGGGGGGAUUUCUGUUGUUACGCACUGCAUGGCGUUGCUGUUCUGAUUUGCACUUUAAUUGCUAUUCAUUGCAAAUUCAUUGCUCACUGAAUAAAUUAAGGAGUAUGGUAAAA